AUGUCGGCUGAUCUUACCUGGCUUCUUGUCAAGAACAACAACUCCUUCUUGGUCAAGCGCUCCGGCGUCCAGUUCUCCUCGGAGCCUGGCAACUUGUUGAACAAGAACUCGUUCAAGUACUCCGGUCUUGCCAACAACAAGACCAUUGAUAUCACCGCUGCUCCUUCUGGUCGUGGCGUUGUCGUUGCCACCAAGAAGUCCGGUGUUCCCGCCUACAAGCCUUCCAAGGGCAUCAACAAGGUCACCCUCUCCAAGGGUGUCCGCAAGUCUGCCCGCUCCGUUGCCGGACUCACCCGUGCCGGUUAUCGUGCUGACCUUCGCAAGGCCGCUCUUGCCCGCGUCUCUGCCAUCCUCAACAGCCAGAAGCCCGUCAAGGCUGCCCCCAAGAAGUCUGGCAAGGGCAUCCGCGCCAACAAGCACUAAAAUCAAAGCAAACUUGUUUGAUCUUGCAUGGAUUUGAAUAAAUGGCCGUGAUAAAAAGCAACGAUGUGAACGCAAGCUUUGCUCGCCAGUCUUUGUUUUGAUAAAGCGCUUCUAGCAUGGUAUAUAACCUGAAUGCGAAUGCUCGUAAACAAUAGUAAUACAAGAAAAGAAAAGAAAGGAAAAAAGAAAAAAAAAGCG